AUGAAAUCAAAAAAAGGAAAGCUCAUUCAGAAUUUUUUGUUUUCAUGUUGGUUGUUUUCUACACGAGCAUUUAGUUUACUUAUUGAUACGUAUUGUCUUAUAAUUUUAAAGUUGAUUGUAAUUUAAGAUAGUUAAAGAUGAAAGUAACAGUUACGACUUUGACCGAUUUGAUUGUUACCUUAGAAGUAAGUCCUGAUAUGGAAUUAGAAAAUUUUAAAGCUUUGUGCGAAUGCGAAGUAGGUUUCAGUUCUGAAAGAAUGGUAAUAACUCACGAAGGAAGGCCACUUUUAGACAAUAAAAAGGAUCUCAUAGGUUACGGAAUUCAGGAAGGUGAUGUCCUCCUUGUGCAACAAAUGAUGUUACAAUCGACACCCAGUCAGUUACCAGAUUUAGGAAUUGACUUUGGCUCCAUAAGACUCCCACAAAAUGCAGUUUCACCGGGAAAUUCUUCAUCAGGAAGCAUACUUUCUCCUACCACUGCUCCUCCAGUUUCUAAUAACUUGGAUAGAGUUGAACGUAUGAGGCUAGAACUUACAAACCAUCCAGAGAGCUUAGCCUUAUUGCGACAGAAUAAUCCCAAAUUAGCUGAUGCGUUUCUGUCUGGUAAUAAAGAGUUGUUUGCAGAAGUUUUAAAUACGCAAUUAACAGAGAAAUCUGAAAGGGAGAGGAAGAGAAUUCAGAUGUUAAAUGCUAGUCCCUUUGAUCCUGAAACUCAACGUAUGAUUGCUGAAGAAAUUCGACAAGAAAAUGUUGAUACUAAUAUGGAGGCUGCCAUCGAAUAUCAUCCCGAGAGCUUUGGACAAGUAACAAUGCUUUAUAUAAAUUGUAAAGUGAAUGGCCAUCCUGUGAGAGCUUUUAUUGACAGUGGCGCUCAAACCACGAUCAUGAGUCAAAGAUGUGCUGAACGCUGUGGUAUUAUGAGACUGGUUGAUAAAAGGUGGGCUGGUAUAGCCCAAGGUGUUGGUGUUCAAAAAAUUAUAGGUCGCGUUCAUCUGGGUCAUAUACAAAUCAAUGAUGUUUUCUUACAGUCAUCUUUUUCUAUCUUAGAAGAACAAACUAUGGAUAUGUUGUUGGGAUUGGAUAUGUUAAAGCGUCAUCAAUGUUGUAUUGAUUUAAAACGGAAUAUUUUAGUGAUAGGAACAACUGGUACAGAAACACGAUUUUUAAGUGAAAGUGAACUUCCUAAAGGUAUGGAAAAUUUCUUUGAUAACCAAGGACAGAUAAGUACAGGUCCUUCAACAAGUGCAAAAGCUAAUUAAAGUUAUGUAUUUAACCAUAUUAACAUUUAAUCCAAGGUUAGGGUUUCAGAUGUCUGAAAACUGAACUUGGAAGCAGAAGAGUUGAAAACUGUGCUAAAUUGUCGGAAAUUAAAAUUACGAAAAUAAUAGAAAUUUGAUUUUUCAUAUUAAAUUAAAUCAAUUUUGAUGUAAUAUGUGUUUCUGAAUUUUUCAGUUUAUUGCUCAUGAUCAUUCAUAUGGCUUGCAGAGUAAAUUUUUAAGAAAAAAUAAUACUUAUGUAUAAUAUAUCUUAUGUUACAGUCAAUAUAAUUAAUCAGUUAAUAUUUAUAAUUGCCAGUUAUUAAUAUCUGAUGAUUAUUAAUAAUAGCUAUUUAUUGUUAAUAACCACCAGAUUUAUCACUUAAACUAUAACAUAUAAUAAUAGUAUUAUAAUUUUUUGAACAAUUUUGUUUGCUUAAUAAAAUUUUGUAGUUGUGGCAAAAAUCUUCACAUAAUGGAUUCAAAAAUCUAACUGGAUUUAAUGGUAUUAAAAAUUGAAUCUAGUUUUGGAUUUUUCAAUAACACAUAAUAGUAGCUGCGUAAAGUAAAAUAUGCAAUUUGCAGUGUAAUUGCAAACAAUUUGAUUUCGUUGGUUAGUAUGAUAAUAAUAGCAUGUUUAUUGCUGUUAAUGCUUACAACACUGUAAAUGAGCUGAGCUAUACAAGUAAAAAUAUUAACCUAGCCUAAUUUCAUUAUUUAUUGCUUUCUUAAUACAGUCAAACUUGUUUAUUGUGAUUUUUAUUUUAACUAAAUUUCAGAUAUGAUCAAAAAUUAUUUAAAAAUUAUGUGGCUUAAUGGUAAAAGACUUGCAUGCAAACCUAGAUAAAAUGAACACAGAUUCAAAACUUGGAUAAAAAACUGGCACUUCUUUGUUUCCUAGGUGCAAGGAAAUUUAAUCAUUUUUGAAAAUUUUUUUACUAAUUUUAAUGCGUUUAAAAAGAAAGAUUUCCGUAUUGUAAUUUGCUGCAGAAUAAUCGUCAAGUCUUGUCAACUUCUGGGUUGCAUCUCAUGAGAAAAAAAAAAAGAAAAAAAAAAAUCACAGAAUGGGACCAACUCAAAAAAGGUUUAAUUUGUUGCGUUAUUAUUUUUGUUUUAAAUUUUCAAGUAAAAAUACCUUUGGUGCCUUGGCAAUCCUAGUUGAUGCAACAGAUGAUGAUACUGAAUUAUCCUUGUUUAAAUCAGUGGAAUUUGAAGAUAUACCUUUUUUGGUGACUUUUCGCUUGCGCCCGGCUAAUAGAACUAACAAACUUCAUUCAAACCAUUUAUUCACUUGUACAAUUAGUUUGAAUUCUUUUGUAGUCUUAUUCAAAUUUGACGAAGUUAGUUAAAAAAUCACUGAUUUUUUUAAAGUGCUUUAGUUUUUAUUAAACUCUAUAUUGAUUAUUAUAUAUACCAGCAUAUAAAGCAUAUAUUGUUAAAAUUUAUCAGUUUUUUGUAAAGAUUACUAGUUAUUAACUUUCGCUGUUUCACAUUGUACUUGGCUUUCUUUGUCUUAUUAAAAUCGAAAGCACUCAGAAGUAGCAAUGUAAUUAUUUAAUAAACAUUUUUUCAUGCUAAUAAUUUUUAAUUCGUCUAUGCUGAAAUAAUCUUUUCUUUUUGUACUACUGAUUUUAGAGUGGAAAAAAAUAGGGAGUUAAAGCUGAAUUGUUUCAACAUGUUUUAUCAUAGAAAAAUAUUAUAAUCAAAUUGCAUAUUAGAUGUUACCAUUUAAGAAAAGAGUGAAAUGUGUACAAUAAUUGAUUGGUGAUUUUUUUGGCUUUUUUUUUUAUAAAGUGUUAUACUUAAAAAUUUUAAAUGAUUGUAAAAAAAUACCUACCUAUAUGAAACUGUUAUGAGUUAAAACUGUUAAAAGUUAAAAAGUGGAAUUAAUCAAAAAUGAAGACCGAAGUUUUUAAAUGCUAUAAAUCAAAAUAUAAAAGCAGCAUAUAACCAAUAUUGUCUUUAGUAUCUACACAAUUUAAAUAUGGGGGAACUUAACUUUACAUAGAGGUUUUAUUUAAGUUCUCUUACAUUUAAAUUGUAUUACCUAAAACUAUGUUAUUUGUUGAAGCUAAGCAUCAGAGUGUUAGCAUUUCUUUUUCUAUGAAAAGGUUUAACUCUUCUACUUUUUAGUUUAUUUUGUUCUCAAAUUUUAUGUCGAUAAAUAAUGAAAAGUAACAUAGUUAGGUCUCUCAUCUUUCUUUUUGUGAAUCAUAUAACGUGUUGAGUUAUUUAAACUAUAACACAGCAAGAAAUAAAUUAAAAUUUGUUGAUGGUUGCUGCAGUAAAAAGUUUUUUUUUUUUCAAUUUGAAUAUUGAAGUUAAAUUAAAUUUUCUAAUUUUAUUUUAAUCAGUAUCAUGUGUGUUUUGUCAUAUAUAAUUUUUUUAAGACCAUAGUUUUAUUUUUAUUAUUAUUUUAAAUUUUUUUAAAAAUAGUAAUGUGGUCAAAAGUACAACGUAUAGUUUUGCUUUUAACUAUGAUAUUUACUUCUAACUGGUUGUUGUACCUCUGACCAGUUAAUGGACAAGUAAGUCGUCAAUCAAUCAGGAAUAUUGUACCUUUGACGUGGUCAAAGGAACACUAACUAAUCAUGGUCAAGGGUACAACACCACGACAGUGCAAAUGGACAAGGAGUAAAAGUUCUGCAAUCAUUGAAUAGGUUCUAAAUUCCUGUUGUUCUUGUGCCUGUUUCUAUUUUCCUGAUCAAAUUCUUGUGGUGUUAUAUCUUCUAUUCAUUUUUAUAGUCUUUUUAUUUUUUAAUGUUUAACUUUGAAUUUUUGCUUUUUGAAUUUCUGAUAAUAUUGCAAUGGCACUAUAUAAACAAGUUUGACUAAAGUAUACAUUCUAUUCUUAUAUUCUAUUUGUUUCAUAUCCAUUGUAUUAUUCUUUUCAAAUUCGUCGCAAUGACAAGUUCUCCUUCUAGUAACAGUGUUUUCAUCAUAGAAAAAAAAAAUGGGUGAGAAUUUCUCACCCUUUCUCAGAAACAGGGUGAGAUUUCAAAAAGUUAAGUGAGAUUUCUAAAAACUAAAAAAACGCAAAAACUCUUGAAAAAAAAAUAAUUUCUUUAAUUAUAAUAAAUUUUUAACGUCUUCUAUUUUUUAAAGCAUUGAAUAUUUUUGGUGCAUCAUCAUAGAAGAUUUUGCCUUUACAAGGUAUUUGUCCAUCUUACAUUAGCACGUAAAAAAUUUGAAUAUCUUAGAUGAAGAAACCUUACGGUAUAAACACGUGGUUGCAGAGAAAUGUGUUCUGAAAGGGGUUCCGUGGUUGUGUUCUGUUGUUCGAAAAGGUUCUGAACAAUACUGGUAAAUAGGGAAGAUGGAACGGGGCAGAUGUUGGAAAUAUAAUGAAAGAUCCAGGAAGAAAAGUGAAACGGAUUUUAUUCUAAAUGGCGUAAUUCGAAGCUUUUUCCAAAAUGCGAGAAAUUCGCGAAUUUUCAAAUUGAUUUAUAGAAUGCGCGAAUUUCUCGCGGUAAUAAUUCUUUAAUGCGAGAAAAGAAAAAAAUAUGCGAGAUUCUCGCGCUGUAGUGAAAACACUGAGUAAGCUACAUAUUGUGUUAACUUUAUUUCUGUUAUUCUUGAAAUAUGUGAAACAACUGGAAGUGAUUUUUGAUGAAUUUCAUUUUUGAUUUUAACAGCUUGUAUGUAAUGCAAUACAACAUAGCCCAAAAAAUAGUUGUGGACAUGAAACAAAAAUAUUACCCUUUUUUUCAGCUUAUAAUAUUUUUUAAAAAAUAUAAUUUUUUUGUAAAAACAGUUCUUAGUACAAAAGAAACCAUUUCUUAUUGUUUUUGCUGGUGCAGUCUAAAAUCUUGCUAACCAUGCUUUGCUAGUGUUGUCUAAAAUCUUGUUAAUCGUGCAUUAUUCAUAAUUGGUUGGUUUGAAGGUUUGAUAAACUCUUCACUGGAUGCAUUGAAAAUAAAAUUUUGUAUGUAUAUAUUGCAGAGAAUGGAUAAAACUACUACUGCUCAUGUUU